AUACAAAUCUAAAGUAAAUGAUUUUUGGUAGGCCGCUGUUUGAAAUUAAAGAUCAAUCACAUGACUGUCUUGAGUCAUUUCAGUUUCAAUUUUUGUGACCUACGGUUAGGCUAGGCCUAAGUUCAUGAAGUUGGGCAUGCUAGAACUUCAAGGCACCACUCCAUGUGACUUGGGGCUCCUUUGACUUUUUGUGGGUUACUUCUCAAAGGACCUACAUUAAACAUAAUAGCAUAUGAGACAUGGACAACAGCAGUGUGCCCUCCCUCCAGCAACAGGACUUGCUGGUAUCCAGCAAUCCGAUUCCCAGAUCAGUCAAAGACAGAGCCCUACAGACUCUCCCCCAGGGGCUGAGGUACUGCGUGUGGAUGGAGAGAGAUGUGGGCGGGGCAGGGAUGACCAUGAGGAAGGGCAUCGUUGCCUCCCAGGAGUUCCGGGCCGGGGUCUGGUUUGGCCCUUUUGAGGGUUCGGUUGUCCUUCCCUCUGCAGGCAGAGUGCAAGGCCAAGACAUGUGGGAGAUUCACUGCAGCGGCAAGCUCUGUCAUUACCUAGACAGCAGUGAUGAGGAAGUAGCCAAUUGGAUGGGCUACGUCAGCUGUUGUAAAGAGGCUAGCACCAACACCAACCUCUUGGCCUAUCAGCACCAAGGCGCCAUCUAUUACCACAGUUUUGCAGUAAUCAACCCUGGGGAGGAACUCGUGGUCUGCCUUCAGCAUUUCAAAUUAGAAGAAGGCCCCAGUGGCUUGCAAGAUCAACCUCACAUGUGCAGUGUGUGUCGAUGUGCUCACCUGAGCCAAACGCUCCCUGCCGUGCGCUACCACCAUGCAGAGCUCCCCAGAAGAAAAUUAAGUCGGCAAGCGAAGGUGGCUGCAUCGCCAGCCACAGCGGCCACCAAGAGGCUAGCUCUCAACAGCAAGAUCGACAAGCUACGGCAGAAGCUGAAAUCAGAGACAGACAAGGAUUACAGCUCAGCCAGUGUGCGCGCCUUCAACUUUAAAACUCUGCCUGACCGAUUCACCUCUGGCAGCAGCAGUUCAUACGACAGCACAUCAAGUUGUGGUGCAAAUGAGCAAGCAGAUCAACAAGAAACAGAUCCUCCGCCAUCUUGCAGAAGGAAAUGUUCUAAAACAAAAGAUGAGCCCAGUACUGUUGGGGACAGCAGCUCAGACCCAGCACAUGAUUCAGAACCGUGCACAGAGUCGCCAGUGUUGCCGUACAUUCCAGCGAAAAUGCAGAGGACAUCCAGACCAAGCACGGUUGAUAGCAGGAACAGUACAUCCAAGGCAGAAGAUUCUCUCAACAGUCCCAGCAGGGGUGACAGGAAGGCUGUGCCGUCCCUCGCUGGUUUGCUAUCAACUCCGUCCAGUCUGGUUUGCCCAAGAACCACAGAAAUGUGUGCCGGGACAUCGGCCCCAGUGGUGACUGACUCACCAGACACAUCCACUGCUGAGGGUGCUGGUGAGACAAGUAGUCAAGCCCAGGAGACAAAGCCCUAUUAUGGUAAAAUGGUGCUGGAGUCUGCCUUCCUCAAAGAGAAAUGUAAGACACUGCUGACGAGAAUAGAAAAGCUCCUGCCAAACCGACGAUUUUUCUGCCUUUAUUGUGGAUGGAGGUUCAGGGAUCUGUACCACUUCAUCAAGCAUAAGCGGAGGCAUAUGAAGCGUUACCGGAGAGUGAAAGGGAGUGGUGUGUGUAAGGAAAUGGGCAGUGUGGAUGGGAAUACGCUGAAAUUGAACAAGGAUUCGUCAUUGUUUGUCUGUUCAGUCUGCAAUCGGUCGUUCAAGGAGAUUCACAAGAUGAAGGUUCACGAGCGAUCACAUACUAACCAUACGUGCCACUUCUGUGGCAGAAUGUUUGGAUCAAGCACUGCGCGCAUCGUCCAUGAGCGUGUCCACAUUGGGGAAUGCCCUUACCCGUGUGACGAAUGCCCCAAAGCGUUUCACACCAGCUACAUGCGAACACGACACAAACAGCAGUGCCAUACCAAUGAGUGGUUGUACAAGUGCAAGUUCUGCAACAAGAAGUUUAAAGUCAGGAAUGCUAUGACCACGCACAUGAAAACUCACACCCAAGAGAAAAACCUUCCUUGCCCAGUCUGUGGGAAACACUUCGGACUGCCUCGGGAUUUACUCAGGCACGUGAAAACCCAUACGGAUGAGCGGCCGUUCCAGUGCGAGUACUGCCAGAAGCGCUACAAACAGAAGUCCACGCUCACCACUCACAUACAGAAACAUUUUACGGGGGACUUUACCUGUCAGUACUGCCCACUGAAGUUUAGGACGAUGCAAGCACAUGCAAGGCACGAGAGCGUCCACACUGGGGUCAAACCCGUGUUCAAGAGGGUGGAGAAACCAUUCCCCUGCAGGUACUGUGAUCGUGUCUUCCCUAGGAAUGUGAAGAGGAAGGUGCAUGAGCGAGUGCAUACGGGUGAGCUGCCUUUCCAGUGUGAGCUGUGUGAGCGAGCCUAUUCCAGCAAGAAGGGACUGGAGAGCCACAUGAGAACGCAUUCCGAUGAGCGGCCGUAUCCCUGCCAUGUUUGUGGAAAGAGCUUCAAGGAGCGCAACACACUCAAAUGCCACAUGCGAAUCCACACAGGAGUGCGCCCAUUCAAGUGCGAGCAAUGCGACAAGACAUUCCGGGUGAGCGAUGCACUCAAGAAGCACCGUCGGUCACACAGUGACGAGCGUGCGUACAAGUGCCAGCAGUGCGAGAAGGCCUUCAAGCAGCUCUCUGCUCUCCGAAAGCAUGAGCGCUGGCACCUGGGUCUUCGGCCACACAUCUGCGACGUCUGUGGUCGUGACUUCGUGGACCGCUACCGCCUGCGCAUCCACCAGAGCAUCCACCUGGAGGUGCGGCCACACAAGUGCAACAUGUGCGACAAGAGCUUCACUGAGGCCUGCCGACUGAAGCGACACUUACGGGAACACGAAAACCGCCGGGAAUUCGGCUGUGAGACCUGCGGCAAGAAGUUCAACUUCAAGGACCAGCUGGAGACUCACAUCAAGACCCACAGCGAGGAGAGACCCUUCCAGUGCCAGAGCUGCCCCAAGUGCUUCAAGAACAGCAGUGCUCUCCAUCGCCACAAGCGUGUCCAUUCUGACCAGACUUUCAACUGUCCCGUCUGCAACAAGGCGUUCAAGUUCAUGAAAUCACUCAGGAAGCAUGCUCUGCAACACAUUGGGAAGGACUUGAUGUCAUAUGCGAUGACAUCAAGUCUGGCGGAUCUCUGUGGUAUAAUACCCCAAAACUCAGAGUCCACUACUGGCAACGAAGCCUCCAUAUUAGUCAGUGAAACUCAGCUUGACAGCAGCAAUGAUGGCAGUACGGAGACGGCUAUGUACACCAAUCAUUUUACCCACCAUAGCACCGGCAGGCAGGCAGACAUGGACCGGAUGUACCCAAAGAGUCUUGGGAUGUAUCCAGAUGAGUCACAGGCAAGUGAAUCUGAUCAGAGCACCAUUAUAGAUGAGAAGGAGCCAGACCCUGAAAGCCCAAAAGGUCUUCUUCCAAUCUCUCCUCUCACUGCUGUCAAAGUGGAGAGGUUUUCUGAAGACAAGUAGGCUGGUUCACCUCUAAACUAUCUAGUCUGUCACAUAAGUCAGGAUUACUUCCAGCUGUAAUUCAUGUGUGCUCACAGCUGCACUCGAGUCCACUAUAGGAAGGAUUCAUUCAUAACUGAACUCGUCAACUCAGGCUUGUCAACUCAGAAAGUCCAUUUGGAACAUUUGAAAGCUGUCAAUCUUGCCAGGUACAAUGUACAGUGCCUAUUAGAAUGGGCACUGUGCAAAGUAAAGGAGGUCCUCCCAAACAGGUAGUGUCUUCAGUAGAUGUACACAGUAUGUACAUGGGUCAUUCUCUGAAUUUGAGGUUCACUGUGACCUUUUUUUUGUCUUGGCCUGUGUAACUUGAUAAUCACUGAAAUUGACUUCAAAGUAUGUUUCUUUGACAGGUAUUUUGCACAACUUCAACACUCUUGGCAAUUUAAAAACAAAAUCAUACACCCCUGGAUGUAACAGGGACGGGAAAAAAUGAAUGGACCACAAAUUUAUAGAAUGACCCCUAUUCUGAAGUGCUGCACUCAUUUGUCUGAAACAAAGUACAACUCAUAGACAUGCUGUUAAUUGACUACAACUGAAGCCCCAAUUGUAUACCAUGUAGGAAUGAUACAUUGUAUUUUCACUUAUACAUGUUCCUGUAUUUGUAGUGUGAUGGACUUGUAGAUAAGUAUUUAAUGUAUUUUAUAAGGUGUGUUGUAUCGGGUGUCUCCAAUUUGUUUUAAUCUGUUUGUAUGAAUUUAUAUGUGUAAAUAGUAUCCCAUAUCUUACGGAGUCAUCAAUGAAACAUCUCAACCAAGGUAUGAUUUUGUACAAAAGACCAAGUUUGAGGCUUGGGACAGUCAGUAUUCACAUUUUAAUAUAUUUGAACAAGCUGUAUUGAUGUAAUUCUGUAUCUUGCCUCAAUUAAGAAUGGGCAUUUUGUCAGUUUGAGUAACAACAUGCACCCAACAAGAUCAGAAUAAGUUAUUUGCAAUUUGUGAUGGGAAAACUUUAACCCCUUCGUACCAGUAACUCUUUUGACCGUGACUGCUGGGCUGCGGUAUGCCCUGAGUGGAGGGCUUUG